AUGUCAAGGAAGUUGUUCAGUGUUGCCAAUGCAUUGUAUGGCCUCCUGGGAGCCGGUGUAACGCUAGAGGAUGGGAUCGGUGUCCUGAUAAUGGGUGGUUCUUCGGAGGGUUUAGGUAUCGAAAUCUGUUUGGCCUUGGCAAUCGACUGGAAUCUCUAUGUGGUCAAUGUGGACACAAAGGAUAUGGAAGUGAUCCUGGAUGACAGGGAAGCAAUUAUAAUGGAUAGAAACUACAGCUUUGUGCAGUGCAAGGAUUUUACGAAGCCCGAAUCUGUGCUGGAAGCACUGACGAAAGUGCAAGCACUGCAAUUGCCCUUGAAAUUACUCAUCAACAAUAUGCAGCAUGGCUUAAAUACGACGUUCUGCCCUUCUUUCCUACUCGGGAACAAUGCUGUCUCUAGAUUACAGGAAUAUACCGAUUCUAAUGUCAUUAGUGUCAUGGUUACGACCAAGUAUUUUAUGAAUGUGCUUGUCCCUCAGACAAGAAGACUUCUGAACGGAAAGACAAGUUUUUAUAUUAUUAACUUGACCAGUAUCCUAACUCUAACGACUCCGGGUCUUGCCAUUGAGUAUAUUUCAUCUAAGGCUGCGUUAAAUCGGUUCCACGAUGGCCUGACGUCUGAGCUAGCUUUGAGCCUGGACAAAAGCUACUUCAAGACAUUGCUAAUUUUCCUACCAUAUGUCAGGGAUGGACAUACAUGGGAAAAUGUGAGCACAGAGCUAUGCCGACAAGUGAUUAAGCAUUUGAAGUUGGGGCAAAGAGGCUGCGCGAAGCUUCAUCUUGGUGGGUACUCAUCAGAAAGGUGGCACGGCAAGAUCAAAGAAAAUUAUCGAUAUAAAUCAGGCGGAUGGAGGCCUGAGUGGCCCAGCUAG